AGAAACUGUUCCCAAUAAAAGAUGUCUCAAAAAUCGUUGAAAACAAAACACAAAUAAAAAAACUUGGCUUCAUUACGCCAGGCUGGUCCCAAUCCCAUUAUCUCCGUCACACCAAUAUAAUGAAUUUCCAUUUCCAUCCUCAUCACAUCCUCCCCAAACACCCCACUCCCAACCCAUCAUUAACCCUUUCACGGAGGUCAAAACCGUAAUUUCACCAUUCAUAUCAAACCCCCACCGGAGCAAACCCUCCCCCCUCUCUCUCCUCUCCCUCUCUCAAACCUCCCAAAAUCAGAUCUCCUCGAGCCCUCGUUCGGAUUCAAAAAUAGUUUAAUUCGAUUCGAAUCGAUUGAUUGAUUCGAAUCGAGAGCAACAAUGGGCGAUUUCAAUGUCGCGCUUUUGAUCGUCGCCAUAGUCGUAUGCGUAUUGGUGUUCUUCUUCAAUGUCUACCUCCUCGUCAACUUCCAGCACCUCGACGAUGCGAACCAAGCCUACUUCCCCAAAUUCGUCGUUGUUUUGGGCCUCUCCGUCGCCGCAAUCUCUAUCCUCAUGUUGCCGGCCGAUGUCGCCAAUCGCCAGGCUUGUCAGCACGCGAUUUACAAUGGUGCUUGUAAUCUCACCUUGCCGAUGAAGACUCUCUGGCUCGCUAUCUACAUUCUCGACGCUGUUCUCGUCUUCUUCGUCAUUCCUUUCGCUAUGUUCUUCUACGAAGGCGAUCAGGACAAGACUGUUGGCAAACGGAUUAAAAGUGCAUUGUUGUGGGUGGGAACUACAGCUAUUGUUUGUGGUCUGGUGCUUGGAAUUUUAUACGGGCUUGUUGGAAAGGUCGACUUCACUGUCAGGCACCUCUCUUCAGUAACAACUAACUUCCCCACUACAUGGGACUUCUCUAGCAGUCAACAAUGCAUUGGAAAUGGCGCUAACCAGUGUUCAUCAUAUUCUGCAAGUCCUUCAUCAGAGACAACAUGGACCAUGCGCGCCACCUUCCCAGAAUAUGUUGUUGCUCUUGCUACCAUUGUUGGAUCUGUUCUUUUCACUAUAUUUGGUGGUGUUGGCAUUGCUUGUUUGCCACUGGGACUUGUCUUUUCAUUUGUUCAGCGUCCAAAAGCGGUUAUCACUCGUUCACAGUAUAUUAAGGAAGCAACUGAACUAGGUAAAAGGGCAAGAGAAUUGAAGAAAGCAACUGAUGCGCUUCGUCAGGAAGAAAAGAGUGGUGCAAAGGGAAGGAAGUGGCGUAAAAAUGUCAAGGCAGUGGAAAAGGAGCUGCUUCUUCUGGAAGAAGAUGUGAAGGCUUUAGAAGAGAUGUACCCUCAAGGUGAACAGGCUGAGACUGCAUGGGCUAUGACUGUUCUUGGCUACUUGGCCAAACUCGUGUUGGGAGUUUUAGGGUUGAUUGUUUCAGUGGCUUGGAUUGUACAUAUUGUGAUAUAUCUAUUGAUCAGCCCUCCUCUUUCUCCCUUCCUAAAUGAGGUUUUCGUUAAGUUGGAUAGCGUCUGGGGUCUUCUGGGUACUGCAGCAUUUGCAUUCUUCUGCUUCUACCUUCUACUUGCUGUGAUUGCUGGGGCCAUGAUGCUUGGCAUGAGAUUAGUGUUUAUAACAAUCCAUCCCAUGAAGUGGGGAGCCACUCUGAUGAACUCUUUCCUCUUUAAUGUGGGCCUCAUUCUUCUUUGCUCCAUCAGUGUGAUUCAGUUCUGCGCCACCGCAUUUGCAUACUAUGCUCAAGCUACUGCUGCACAGGAAAUAUUCGGUCACACAUUGCAAUCACUUCGUGGAAUUAAAUAUUUAUACAAGUAUAAUGUGUUUCAAAUUGCUUUCAUUGGUCUGGCGGGCCUGACAUUUGUGUACUAUGCUGCCUUUGGAUGGAGAAGAAAAAAACCUAGCGGCAGGUUCCAACUUUCCACUUGAAACAUCAUGCCUUGAAGAGUAUGCAUCACCUAACUGGAUCUUUCGGAAUCUGCAGUUGUACAAUUUAUUACGCGUGAUUUUUAAGUCGGAUGCAUGCAUAUGGGCCUAGAUUUGUUUACUGUUGUUGUCUAGAGAAAAUAGGCGAAACAUCAUCCGAGUUAAAUUUGUGUUGAGUGCUGCACUGCUGUUUUUUUCCUUGCUUCCCCAUCUUUUGUAUGUAAUAUUCCUUGUUUGAUUUAUGUUUACCAUGCGGAUUGGUUUGUGUAAUAUCUUUGGUACUCAUGCGGAUUGGUUUGUGUACUAUCCUUGAUGUGUUUAUACAGAAAAUGGAAAUGAAAAUUUAUUGAGCGGUUCGUGAA